AUGGCAUUUCUGAUCAAAAAGUUAUGCGAGCUAAAUUGCUUCAUCUGGGUGGAUCUGCGCUUCAAAGUCUUUUCGAAUUUAAAAGAUCAUGAUCACGUUCCUCUUGUGGCUUUGGUACCAAAAUAUUACGACGUUGCUAUUGCUAAACUGGACGAAUUCUUUCAACCUCGUCAUCAAAGCACUUCGGAACGGAGGAAAUUACGUCAAUUAAAGCAACUGAAUGGCGAGCGGUUUGCUGAUUUUGUAAUUCGACUACGGCAGCAAGUUUCAGAAUGCGGAUUCGAAAAAUAUGGUUCGGAAAUGGCGCAAAUUUUGAGCGAAAUUUAUUUAACAGAUGCUGUAGUUGAAGGAUGCCUUUCCACGGAAGUGCGCAGGAGAAUUUUGAUGAAAGAUUUGGCGUUUGCCGAAAGUGAAGCUUUGGGAAUUUCCCAAGAAGCUGUGGAACAACAAAUAGAAGCUAUUGCAUCAGGUCAGCCGACAGAUCAGGUGUACAAAGUUACUCAUUCUAAACGUGAUUGCUCUGAUUCAAACUCAGAAUACAAGUUUAGUGCUGGAGAUUCUAAGAAGGCGCGUGUUACGUUCCGGGGACGAAAGGAGGAGAAAACUUGCUUCAACUGCGGACGAGUUGGGCAUAUGAGUACGGCUUGGUCAUGUCCAGCUCGGGGCAAGCAGUGUCAUAAAUGUAAAAGUUAUGGACACUUCGAGACACUGUGCCGGAAGAUGCGACAAGAAGAAUCGAACAAACAAUCCAGGAACCAGUGA